UUGUCAGUGAAAAUCCAAACAUUGCGGUCUGCAACUGCAUUUGUAUUAGAGGUUAGUCAUUUAUUUGCAAACAUCUUGAAAAAAUGGAAGUUGAUACUGCUAGUGAUAAUACGUCGUUAGACGAUAAGACCGAGGAUUAUUGCGAAAAUCCUACGAGAGAUGCUCUUACGGAAGGGAUUAUGAGUUUGCUUAAACCAACCGUAGAUCAACUCGAUGAACGAGUGCGAGCUACAAGGAUCAGUCAAAUAGAACUCAGGCAACAAAUAGAUUCUCUGACUGAUGAACUUCUAAAGAUCAAUGAGUCCCUUCAUUGUCCAUUGGAACUAGAUGCAUAUGUAACAAAAUUAGUGAAUGCAAAACGAAAAGUUGUUGUUGUCAGCAAUAUUCUUCAAAAAACGCAAGAGCGUUUGAAUAAAAUUCAUGAAGCUGUGGAAAGGCAAAAGAAUAAACAAAAAUCUUUACUGGAUCGCAGUUCAAUGUAUCAUACUUCUACUAUAAAACCAGAAAGUGACGAAACAUUCCCAGCAUCUUCCAGCACUCCUGAUAGAACCUAAUAAGUUUUUAUAAGAUUUAUCACA